AUGCACAUCACAAAGAGGCAAGAAAAGACGUUGAAUGAGCUCGCCAAACCGUUGGAAAACUUAAUAAACUCUAUAAAGAAUGCUUCAGAUGAUGAUCUACCGAAGGUUUUGAAUUCAAACUUGGUAUGGGAUACUUCGAAAGGUACAUUACUCAACUGGGUCGAUAUUUUAAACAAAUUCGACUCAAUUCUUGAAGGUAUUAUCAAGAAGUAUGGGCUAGCUGAUGAAAAUGUCAAACCAACAGAGCUUGAUGCUAAAGAUACAACUUUAACUGUUGCAAUUCUUGACUUUACAUAUAUGCUACUAGAUAAUUCAUCCAACAAAUCAGUUUACUCAAGUUCACAUAGACUUUAUGACCUUUUAGCCUCACCAACUAUUCCUGUCAUCAAAGGUGUUUUGAAAUGUUUUGUUGUAUUGGGUAAAAAAUAUUCAAUCAGAUCUAUGAAAAGAACAUUUGUUGCUACAAGAAAAGUGUCUGAUAGAGUUUAUCCAUUAGCAUUAUUACUACCUGCAUCUACAUUAACUUCCAAUACUGGGUCCAAUGAGAAUUGUUCCUUGACUGAUUUCAUAAAAGACUCAACAAAAGUUCCAAAGAAGUGGAGGAACUUGGACUAUACUUAUUAUAAUGACACUGAAAAGAAGGAACAACCACAAGAUUCAGCAUCUUUAGUCAAUUCUCCAUCCGUCAAAAGAAUAAAGAAUCAAGAACAACAAACAGAUUCUUCACCAAUAAAACCAAAAAAGCAACAGCAGUUACAACAGCAACAAGUUAAGUCGGAAGACAAUAAAUUAGAUGGACCAUUGUUGUUCCACUUAUCAGAAUCAGAGGUUCGCAAGCUUUCAUUACAACAAAUCUAUGACAAAGGUAUUGAAAAACUCCCAAGCAAAUCAUGGGUCAGAUUUUGCCUAAAAUCCAUCAUGGCUAAAGCAUUUAAUAGCAAUUCAUAUGAAAACAUUAAGUUACGUCAAGAUCUUAUUGUAAUAAAAUGUUUAGCAGUUUCUUUGUUGGUCUCUGUGAAUAGUGAUUUUGAAGUCACCUCAAGAGUGUUUGAAGCUGAUCCAAGCUUAUUAAGCUCAUUAGUUGAUUUGGUAAAUUUACAAAGUUCUGUACCAGAAGAUGUUAGAAUGGCUGCUAUUAAAUCAUUGGAUUGUAUUUCCUCUUUGAAAACUUGGUCUAGUGAAAUUCUAAGAAAUUUGGGUGGUAGUGUCUCCCAUGGAUUAUUGUUUCAGAACUUGAGAUUUAUCAUUAAACAAAUUAAGGAAAAUGACAAACAUAUUGAUGAAGAAUUCAAUACGUUUUUCUUGAAUGUUAUCUCCAAUUUGGUGGAAGUGAAAUCUUUAAGUACAUUGUUAAUAUCGGCUGGAUUGAUCCAAACAUUAAUGGAAUUUUUGAAUCUUAAGUCAGAUGUUAAAAAGACAACAGCUGCAGCAACUUAUUUGUUGAAUACCAUUGUUACCAGCUCAUCUGAGAAUGUUUCUUUGUUCAGAGAAAUGAAUGGGUUCAACUCAUUACUCAAUAUGGUUGGUUAUGAAAUUGAUUUUGCUUUAGAAAACCCCGGUUAUGGUGGCGGCCCUCCAAAACUUACCGUUGUCCAUUAUUCCAUCAGUUUCAGACAAGCAAACUAUAUUCGCUCAUUGUUGAAAUUUGUUCAUAGCUUGAUCCAAUCAGAAAGUGGUGAUAGAGUUAGAAAUUUGUUUGAUUCGCCAUUAUUGGGUCAUUUGAAUAAAAUUUUACAAAAUAUCUCAGUGUUUGGAUUUACUCUGUUGACGUUAAGUCUCAAUGUUGUUUGCGCCAUUAUUCACAACGAACCAACAUCAUACUCAAUUUUGAAAGAAGCUGGAACAAUUGAUCUCAUCGUUGAUGGAUUUGAAACAUUUUUUGGAAAAUCAUCAGAGCUAAUUACUACAUUACCAAAUGUGAUUGGUGCAAUUGCUUUGAACACUGAAGGUUUACAAAAAGUUAAAGAUGGCCAGCUUAUCCAAAAGUUUUUCACUAUUUUUGACAAUAAUGAUUAUGCUAAAGCUUUAGUUAUUGAUGACAUCUCGGAGUUCAUGGGUUCUGCUAUUGAUGAACUUGCAAGACAUUAUCCGGAUUUGAAACCUAUCAUACUUGAUGAAAUUGUCUCUUUGAUCAAAAGGCUACCAAGUAUAGCGGCUAAAACAUUACCUGGCCCUCAAAUUUAUACAUCUGAAAAAGGAUCAUUUUACCAUAGUAAAGAGGAUGAAGUAAUUGACAAUGAGGAAGGUCAAUCACAAAUAGCUGCUUGGGAAACACUUGAUGAAGCUUAUGCUAUUGAGAAUGCCACUGUUUUCAUAGGAAAUAUGAUUCCAUAUAGCAAUACGUGGACAGAGAUUAUGGACAAGUUGCCUUUUGAACAUUGGCUACCAUUAUUGACUUUAAAAAACGCAUCAUAUGAUUAUGUUUACUCAAAUAGCAUGUACCCUGUGAAUGGUGUUCUGAAAUAUUUUGAUGAUGAAAGAAGAGAGUAUGCCCCAAAAAAAUUAAUUGCAGAGAUAGCCAAACAAGUGAGUUCGGUUAGGGAUUAUUUUGAGUCAACUGAAGAAGUUUCUUUGUUCCAAAAAUUUGAAGGUGAUAGUAAUAGAUCAAAUGAUCUUUUGAACAGGUUGAUUGCUGUUAACAACAUUUUGUUUGCAUUUGUUGAUGUCUAUUGCAACCCAAAUAGUCUAUCACCAACUCGUGUUGGCCAAUUGGCAAUAUUUUUUUCUGAAGAAAAAGGCUUAGAAUUAAUUAAUCAGUUAGGUCAACUAUUGAGACGUGUUACUUUUGAAGAAUAUGCCUUGCGGUCAAGUAUGCCAGAUGUUGUUGCUAAGGAAACUAUUCCAAAUCAGUACGAUGAUGGAUGUCCACCUCUUAGAAUUGUCACAGGUGAUGAGAACCCUGAAACAAAAUUCAACAAAUCAAGUGCUAAAUUCAAGAAUACUCUCCAAACACGUUUCUUGAUAAAUAGAAUUCAUGGUUCAAUUUCUUUGGUCUUCAACACUUUGCUAGCUUUACCAACUGUCGGAAGACAAGAAUAUACUGUUGAUUUAUACAGAGGAUUCACAGUCCAAAUUUCUCAUGAAAUCACAAAGAUUUUCCAAGGUUAUUUGGUUUCUGAACUAUACAACCAUCCUUCGUUCCUUUUGGUACUCAUCAACACUAUCCAGUAUUGUUUGACGGACUCAAACUCGGAUAAAAUACUGACAAUAGCUGGUAUCAACUUCAUGCAACAAGGUGGUUUCCUCGCUCAGCGUGAUAUUUUGUUACAUUUUUGGUCAAAAUUAAGCUCACUAAAUAAGGAGAAGGCUGAUGAAGCCAAAGAUUUGACUUUUGUGAGAGAUACCCCAGAAAGUAUUGUUAUUUCCUUGGUAAUGAACCUCUUGGUCAUGUUCAACAAAAUAACUGUUUAUGAAUCAUUAGUUGCUGUUAGUAACAGCCCACUGUAUUACGAAGGUGAUAUAACUGGAACAUCAAACAUUCCUGUUCACAAUUUGACAGUUUCAUUCCUUGUCCAGUCGAAGUUGUUGGGUUUUGGUGUUUUAUCAGGUAUUUUAGAUGAAGACAGUUUUGGAUCCGUGGAAGAUGAAUUACCACUUCCCGUGGUAUUUGAGUUGAUCAAACUUGGAAAGCACGUUUACAGUAAUAAUGGAGAGAAAUAUUUGAACUAUUCAGACGGUGCAUUAUAUGAAUUAGAUUGGAAACAAGCUAAAGAUUCACACUCAAGAAUGGAAUAUUUGCAAUCUUUAGGGUUUACUGAAGAACAAGCGCCAAGAAUUAUCAACAAGUCUGGUGGUGAUCUUAGUGUUUUAGAUGAUGAUGCAUUUCCAGGGGUAGCUAUAACACCUAAAGACUGGGAAAACGCAAAAAGCAAAGCUGUUGAAAAGAAAUACAUUCCACCAAAACCAAAGCUUGUGACACCGCAAUAUUUAGGAUACCAUACGAUUACCGAACUUGAGGAAGCUCGUCAAGGUAAGAGUGACUAUUUCUUAGAUCAGUGCUUGCUCAUUGCCCAACUAUACCCAAGUACAGUGCAGAGUGUUUCAGAGUAUUUGGUUUCCUCAUAUUUGAACUCACCAAAACAAAAUGUUGUUAAUUUUGAGGCCAAUAUCUUGCGUACACUAUUGGAGUACUUGUAUUCAUUUGACAUAUCCAAUCAAGACUCAAAAGAACUUGGUUCCAUGUUUCAUUUGUUCACUAUAUUGAUAAGCAAUAAUGAUACCAUUUUUUACGGUGUUAGCUCCACCCUAAAGAGCUUUGCUUCAUUUGUCAUUGAGUCGGUGAAAUCUGAAUAUGUGAAUUGUAAUUGGUUUCCUCAGGCCUUGUUCGGUAUGGAGAAAAUACUAGCCACGUCAGAUCUCCCAAAAUUUGAAAAAGCCAAAGUUAAUGUAUCUUGCACCAUCCCAAAAUCAUUCCCAUCCUCUUAUGAAUUGGAAGAUGGUCUUCGUGAAUCUUUGUUCGAAAUUUUGAUUAAUGUCGGUGAAAUCACUAAUCAUAAAAGUGCUUUAGCUAUAUCCAGGCUUUUGGUGCUUUAUACAAGUGAUCCUGAAAAAGUUGAAAAGGUUGUUGCUUCUGGAAUCAUUCAAAAGAUUACAAAAGUUAUUUCCCAACCAAUAGAGAAAGAAAAGGAAAAUUCAUUUGCUUUACAAGCUGCUUUUGUUUUAUUGGUUAGAAGAUGUUUCGAGACAAAGGACAUUGUUGACUCAUUGAUUUUAAGGGAAAUCAAUAAACAAUUUAUAUCAAAAUCAAGACGCGGUGAUGAUAAUAAAGAUCGCUCCAGAGAUUUGACUAGCUUGUUGAAGGAAAUCCCAGGUGUGGUUCUGAGGGCUCCUCAAGUAUAUCUUGAAGAGUUAUCUAAAAGAGCAAGGUUCAGUGAUUUUAGUGAUCCUUUGAAAAACUUGAGUGUUCGUUUGGUUGAAAGCGCUGAUGAAGAUGUGCCAAUGAUUGACGCCGAGACUGGUGAAAAAGUUGAAACUACUGAUUCUGGAACAAAAUUACACAACCAGACAGGUAUUGUUCAUUUAUUGUUAACAGAACUAAUGUCAACAGCUAAAAAGGACUGGAUCAGUGAGCCACCAGUAACUGAUAAGGAACGUGAAGAGCAAGAAAAAGAGAAAGAGAAGAAUGAACUCCCAAAACCUCGAAAAGUUGAUAUUCAUAAAAAUUCAAAUUGCAGCUAUAUGUUGUUUUUAUUGAAGGUUAUUACUGAAUUAUUGGCUUCAUACAAACAGAGUAAACUUGAGUUUUUGACAUUUUCCAAAAAGCAGCUUUUCCAAUCAGAAAAUGAAGGUCCUUCAAAACCUCGUUCAACAUCAUUGAAUUUCUUUUUACAUCAAUUGAUACAAAGUGCAGGAACUGAUCUAACAAACCCAGAGGACAACCGUAAAAGGGCGGUUUCAGAUCUCACAUGUAAGGCUAUUGUUGCAUUCAUAUCAACUAUUGACCAAGGAAGUUUGAAAGCUGAUCCAAAAAAGGUGGAUCCUGAUAUGACAUUUAUUAGAAAGUUCACUGUGGAUUCUAUUUUGAAAGUUGUUAAGGAUAUUUCGUUGUCUUCUCAUAAUAUGCAAACUCGUUAUAAAAAAUUGAUAUCAUUGAAUAAGUUGAUCCCUUCCCUUUUGUCCAAGUCUAGAGACAAGCUAGUGGAAGCAUCAACAGUUGAAUUUGAUUCGUUCCAUGUGGCCAAAACAAUGAUUGAUGCAGGGCUUCCUCAAGCUUUAACAGGUGUUCUGACGGAAAUUGAUUUGAAUUAUCCAGAGUAUUAUUUCAUUUUGGAUUCUGUGGUUACAGCUUUAAGUACCAUCGCCAGUAUCAAGACUGAGUUCCAGCAACUAUUCAAAGAUUAUCAACCAAAUGGUGUUGCUGAUGAAGAAGAGCUGGAGGAAGAUGAAAAUGAUUUCAAAGAGGAAACUCCUGAUUUGUUUCGUAACUCAACAUUAGGGAUGUAUGAUGUUGGCGAGAUUGAUUCAGAAGAAGAUGCUAGUGAUGAAGAAAUGGACUAUGACGAAGAUGAUUUUGAUGAGGAAGAUGUUGAUAGAUCCCUUGAAAUUGUCUAUAGUGAGGACGAAGAUGAUAUAAUCGGGUCUGACGAUGGCGAGGUUGUUGAUGAUGGUGAUAUUGAUAAUGAGAAUGAGUCAGCAGGUGAAUCAGAUCAAGACUCAGAAGACAGUUUUGAUUCAGAUGAUUCAGAUCAAACAAUGGAGGGUCAUGAAGGUGAUGAGGAAAUGUCAGAAUUCCAAAUUAUCCCAGAGAUGCUGUCGGAAGAAGAAGUUGAUGACGAAAUUUCAGAUUAUGAAAAUAGUAUGGACCACGAGCAUGACCAUGAUGACCACUUUGAUUCUGAAAUUGAGUCUGAGCUGGAUCAAAUAGUUGAACAAGAAGAGGAAAGAACACCAGGCCCAGAUGGCUCAAGAAUGGAUGCACCAGAAGAUAAUGAAGUAUUCAUACACGUUGAUGAGGAUGAGAAUGAAGAUGAAUCUGAUAUUUCUUCUUCAAGUGACAUUUUUGAAAUAGAUCCAAGCAACAUGCGUGCUCAAGGCGAUCGUCAUCGUCAAAGAUUCACUCACAACCACCGUCCUAGAAGAUUUAUGCUCAAUGUUGAAGAUCUUGCUGAUAUGGCCUUCUCAGGGAAUGACAGAAAUUACACAUCAAUUUUGAGAGCUGGGUUGGAAAGAGCAAGUUCACAGUUGAAUGCUUUCCCUCAAAUAAGCAAUCUCGAUUUUUUUAAUCGUGAAAAUUUGAGAAGAAUGUUAACCCCUAGUGCUCACCAGAAACUCGCAGCAAGUGAAUUUUCUUUAAAAUCAACAAAAGAGAGAUGGAAUGAAGUGUAUUCUAUGUUUUUCGGAAAAUCUGGUGAUUCACUCAGAAUUUUAACUGAAAUUGUGAACAGAAUUUUUGAACCUAGUGAAGAGUUAUACAAUAAGAAGAAGGCAGAAGAAGAAGAACGCAGAAAGAAAGAAGAUGAGGAAGCUAAGAAACACCAGGCAGAAGCUGAAGAAAGAAGACAGAAGGAAGAAGCUGAACGUCGUGCCUCGCAGCCAGAACCAACGGAGCCAAAUAGUCUAGAUGAGCCUGUAAAUCAGGAUCCAAUUUAUGUUAUGAUCGGUGACAGAGAAGUGGAUAUUGCUGGUACAGACAUUGAUCCUGAGUUCUUUGAGGCUUUACCAGAUUAUAUGAGAGAGGAGGUGUUUACUCAACAUGUUAGAGAACGUCGUGCUGAAGCUUCUAAUGCUGGUAAUACCACUCGUGAAAUUGAUCAAGACUUCCUUGAUGCUCUUCCUGAUGGUAUAAGAGAGGAAAUUUUGGCUCAAGAAGCAAUGUCUACUAGACUUCCAAACUUGGUUGUUGAUAGUAUGGGUGGUGAUGACACUAGAUUAGUGCCUAAUGAAAGUGAAAAUGCUGGAAAUUCCGAAGUCAGUGGAUCCAAAGAGAAGAGUAAAACUUUUUUCACUCCGUUGGUUGAUAGGUUUGGUGUUGCUUCACUUGUUCGCUUUGUGUUUGUCCCUCAAUCUUUCCAAGGUAGAAAAACUUUAUACGGACUACUUGGCCAACUUUGUAUCAAUAAACAAAGUAGAGCUGAGGUGCUUGGUUACUUCCUUGCAAUUCUUCAAGAAGGGCUUAGUGAUCAACAGUCGCUAGAGAAAACUUUCCAUCAGAUUUGUGGCAAAGCUAAAUGUACUACUGCUAGUGGUAAAACCAGUCUUUCAGUCAAUCAAUUUCCAAAUCGUGCAACUCCAUUUAUUGUUGCUGGUCAAGUUUUAGAGGCAUUGCAAUUUUUGUUAGAGUCUGAUCCUCAUUUGAGAUAUUAUUUCCUGAGUGAGCAUGAACCUUUAAUGCUUGGUAAGAAAUCUAAGCAGAAAAAAGAUAUAUUUGGUAAACAGUCUAAAUACCCAUUGAAUACUUUAUUGUCAUUACUUGAUAGAGGAAUAGUGAAGGAAAAAUCUGUGUUGAUGGACUUAUUAUCAAGAAUUAUACAAAUCACAACCCGUCCAUUGAAUGCUUUGCUGAAGGCUCAAAAUGACAAAGUUAAACCAGAGAAAGAAGGUGAUGAAUCUGAAAAAUCAAGAAAGAAUAUUGAAUUACCAAAUGUGAUGGAUUCCAGUUUGAGUAAUGUUGUUACAGCUCUUUCUGCUGAUGAUUGUUCUAGUCGUACAUUCCAGCAAACCUUGAGUGCAAUGCAAAAUUUAUUGGUGAUUAAGUCAGGGAAAAAGAUAUUCGCUUCUGAGUUAUCGUCUAGUGCUACAAAACUAGGAAAAGUUAUUGUUACUGAUUUAGCAACAUUGAUUGAAGAGUUGAAAGACCACACAGAAGACUUGAGUGCAGACGUGAUGGCUAAGUUCACGUCUUCAAGCUCUGACCAGGCAAAGCUACUGAGAGUUUUGACAGCUCUUGAUUAUUUAUUUGGUAAACUAGAUGAUAAGGAACUUGAGUUAAAAGAGUUGACCAAUUUGUACAAAAAGCUAUCAUUAGGUCCAUUAUGGGGUGCUUUAAGUGAUUGUCUACAUAUAUUGGAAGACAAUAAAAAUAUCACUCACACUGCUACUGCGUUGCUGCCACUAAUUGAAGCUCUUAUGGUUGUUUGUAAGCACAGCAAGGUCAAAGAGCUGCAAGCCAAAGAUGCGUUGAAAUAUGAAAACAAAAAGUGUGAUUUCGUCAACGAACCAAUUGAAAGUUUGUUCUUUUCAUUCACAGAUACUCACAAAAAGAUUUUGAAUCAAAUGGUCAGAUCAAAUGCUAAAUUGAUGAGUGGUCCAUUUGCUAUGUUGGUUAGAAAUCCAAGAGUUUUAGAGUUCGAUAACAAGAAAAAUUAUUUCGAUCGGAAACUUCAUACAAAGGAAAAUGAAAAACAAACAAUGGCUGUUUCCAUUCGUCGUGACCAAGUGUUUUUGGAUUCUUAUCGUGCAUUAUUUUUCAAGUCUAGUGAAGAGUUCCGUAAUGCUAAAUUGGACAUUAGUUUUAAAGGUGAAGCGGGAAUUGAUGCUGGUGGUGUUACUAGAGAAUGGUACCAGGUGCUAUCUCGUCAAAUGUUUAAUCCAGAUUAUGCAUUGUUUUUGCCUGUUGCAUCUGACAAAACAACAUUCCACCCUAACCGUACCUCCUGGGUUAACCCAGAGCAUUUAUCGUUUUUCAAGUUUAUUGGUCGUGUUAUUGGUAAAGCCAUUUAUGACAAUUGCUUCCUGGAUUGCCAUUUCAGUAGGGAUGUUUACAAGAGUAUUUUAGGUCGCUCAGUGUCUUUGAAAGAUUUGGAAACUAUUGAUUUAGAAUAUUUCAAAUCAUUGAUGUGGAUGUUGGAGAAUGAUAUUACUGAUAUCAUUAUUGAAACUUUUGCUGUUGAAACUGAAGAUUAUGGUGAGGUCAAGAUUAUUGAUUUGAUUCCAGAUGGUAGAAACAUUGCAGUUACUGAGGACAAUAAACAAGAAUAUGUUCGUUUGGUUGUUGAAUAUCGUUUGCAAAAGAGUGUUGAAGAACAAGUUAGUAACUUUUUACAAGGUUUCCAUGAAAUUAUUCCAAAAGAAUUGAUUUCUAUCUUUGACGAACAAGAAUUGGAAUUGUUAAUUUCAGGUCUUCCAGAUAUUGAUGUCGAUGACUGGAAGAAUAACACCACUUAUGUUAACUAUUCACCAUCUUCAAAAGAAAUUUCAUACUUCUGGAGAGCUGUUCGUUCCUUUGAUGCUGAGGAGCGUGCUAAAUUGUUACAAUUUGCCACUGGUACAAGUAAAGUUCCAUUAAAUGGGUUCAAAGAACUUGGUGGAUCAAAUGGUACCUCCAAGUUCAGUAUUCAUAGAGAUUUCGGAUCAACAGAGCGUCUUCCAUCUUCACAUACUUGUUUCAACCAAAUUGAUUUACCAGCUUAUGAUUCAUAUGAAACUUUAAGAGGUUCAUUGUUACUGGCCAUCACUGAGGGUCAUGAAGGUUUUGGUUUAGCUUGA